CCGACACCUCACUCGCACUGCACCAUCACUACAUAUACCUGUACUCUCCUCCACCACUCUUCGCUGUUGUCGACCUCGGAUAUCCCGCCCAUUCGAGCCAGCAAAGCCUAGAACUACCCUGUUCCAUCAUUAUCAUCAUCAUCAUCAUCAACAACCACAACAUCGAGCCUUUCGCAGUAUGGCGGCUUCAUCUCAUCCUCAUGCUGUGGACCUCGUAGCUCCCAAUGGACGCAAGUACACUCAGCCUACGGGCCUCUUCAUCAACAACGAAUUCGUAGCCGCCCAAAGUGGUCAGACCAUCACUUCCAUCGACCCUGCAACAGAGCAGGAGAUUGCCACGGUGCAGGCUGCCGGCGAGCAAGAUGUGGACAUUGCAGUCCAGGCAGCGUCCAAAGCUCUCAAUGACCCGUCGUGGAAACUCCUCCCGGGCACGGAGCGAGGCCAACUCAUGACCAAACUGGCCGAUCUCCUGGAGCAGAAUCGGGAGCUCCUUGCCACCAUCGAUGCCUGGGAUAACGGCAAAUCCUACAACGAAGCAUUGAAUACCGACCUCACCGAGGCCAUUCUGACCAUUCGCUACUAUGCCGGCUGGGCAGACAAGACCCAUGGCCAGACCAUCAGCACGACACAUCAAAAGCUCGCCUACACCCUCCGUCAACCCAUCGGAGUCGUGGCGCAAAUCAUUCCGUGGAACUACCCUCUCUCCAUGGCCACCUGGAAACUCGGACCCGCUCUCGCCUGCGGCAACACCGUCGUACUCAAAGCCGCCGAACAAACUCCCCUCAGCAUCCUCGUCCUCGGCCAACUCAUCCGCGAAGCCGGCUUCCCUCCCGGCGUCGUCAAUUUCCUCAACGGCUACGGCGCCGAAGCCGGAUCCGCGCUCGUCCAGCACCCUCUCGUCGAAAAAGUGGCGUUUACAGGCAGUACGAGUACCGCACGUCAGAUUAUGAAAAUGGCAUCUGCCACUCUCAAAAAUAUCACGCUCGAAACGGGCGGCAAAUCGCCUCUACUCGUCUUUGAAGAUGCGGAUCUCGAGCAAGCUAUCAAAUGGUCUCAUAUGGGUAUCAUGUCGAAUCAGGGACAAAUCUGCACGGCCACGUCACGGAUUCUCGUGCAAGAGAGUAUCUAUGAGGAGUUUGUGAAGCGGUUUGUGGAGCAGGUUAAACAAGUCAGUAAAGUGGGUGAUCAGUGGGAUGAAUCGACAUAUCAGGGUCCGCAGGUGUCGAAAGUGCAGUAUGAGCGCAUUUUGGAAUAUAUCAAAUCGGGAAUCGAAGAAGGAGCGACAGUGGCGAUUGGAGGGACUUCUUUACAGCAAGAAAAUGGAGGAAAUGGUGGUGGCGGCAAAGGUUUCUACAUCGCCCCCACUGUCUUUACCAAUGUUCGAGAUGACAUGAAAAUUUACCGCGAAGAAAUCUUCGGCCCAAUCGUAACCCUCUCCCCCUUCAAGGACGAAACCUCCGCCCUCGAGCGCGCUAACGACAGCUGCUACGGACUCGGAGCAUCCAUCUUCACAUCCAAUCUCGAGCGCGCCCAUCGUGUCGCGGCAGAAAUCGAAGCGGGAAUGGUGUGGAUUAAUAGUAGUCAAGACUGUGAUCCGCGCGUGCCGUUUGGAGGCGUCAAACAGAGUGGGAUUGGGAGGGAGUUGGGAGAGGCGGGGUUGGAAGGAUAUUGUCAGAUUAAGGCUGUGCAUGUGAAUUUGGGGAGUCGGUUGUAAGGGGUUUUUUCUUUUUCUUGGAGAAGGAAGAAGGAAGAAGGAAAGAAGGGAAAAGAAAAUGGUAUU